AUGAUUGCAAAAUUUGUAGAAAUAGGGACACAAGCUCAAGCCAUGAUCGCAUCAUGUUUGAUUUACUCAAAUAUAGUCAUUCAAAAUCUUAACAAGGAACGAGCAAUAUCGAACUCCCAUGAAGUUGUUAUUCACAAUUCAGCACAUAGUAGCUUUACAGUUAAGGAGUUGGUUCGUCCACCAAGUGGUCAUCCUAUAGGAACAUUCAAGGUAGACAUCGACAAACGAUGGUGUGAUUGUGGUGACUUUCAAGCAUUACAGUAUUCAUAUUCACAUUUCAUAAUCGUUUGUUCGUUUAUUCAUGGUGACUACAUGAUGUAUGUGUCUUCCAAGUAUACAUUGCAAUGUAUCUUCGACGUUUACAAAGAAGAGUUUCAAGCAAUUCAUCUUCAAUCAUACUGGCUAGAAUACAAUGAAAUAGAAUUGUGA